UGUCAGUUAGGUAUCAGGAUGGGAAAGCAGGUUUUUCAAGUCUGCGCCUCUCUUAAGACGAGCACCUGCACCUGUUCUACCAUUACUACAUUCGAGGUCUGCGAAACUGAACGAGAGCAACCAUGGCAUCAACUACAGAGACUAUGGGAAAUUUGCCCAGUGGAUUAGGAAUAUGCACAACUAUUCCAGACAUUCUCUACCUACCGGAGCUUAUCUUUGGAGGUCUAGUAUGGAUCCUGGUGGCAUGUACACUGGUGGUGCCCGCCAACCCACAGGGCUGGGUGAUGUUCGUGUCAGUCUUCUGUUUCACCAUGACCUUCAUCUGGAUGUGCAUCUUCGCCUUCGGAGUGCAUCGCAACAGCGGGAGAUGGGCAGCCGCUGAUUUUGCAUACCACGGCCUGGCAGCUUUCUUCUACCUCAGCGCCUCUGUUGCUCUCGCCAAAGUGACCCUGGAUAUCAAAGCUGGAACCCUCUAUAACUAUCGACUUGACAUUUCUGCAGUGGUGUUCUCUUACGUGGCCACACUCCUCUACUUCAUCCACACCAUCUUUUCGGCCAUCAGGUGGAAGUCCUUCUAAACUAGAACAAUGCUAAAGGCCUCAGUCGAAGAGGAGAAGGUCUUAAGUCUACCAUUGGAAACCAAUCCUCUAUCAUUCUCCCAAAGCGUGCACUCUUCCCUACAUAUUCAAAAGCAAAUUAUUGGUUUAAGCAUGGUUUAGACUAGAGGGAAUUGCCAUCAUAGGCCUACAUGCCCUUUCUUUUUAAAUCCAUGAAGGGAAGUGAACAUAUGCACACUUAGGGUAGGUGGGUAGAGAAUUGGGAUGCAGAACCAGAUCCCUCUCGGAGGACUAACCCUACGAAGGCAAAUCUAGAAGCAAAUCACUUAUUACAGUUACAAAAAUUAUGUAACACUUAAUUUCUUUCCUUCUAUUUACUGUAUGGUUUAUAGGUUGAUAAUUUUACAGACUUCAGUAAUUCGAGGAAAAUUUUUAAUUUUACUAUUUUUUACUUUUAUAAUUUUCUCAAUUAAACUACCACAUUUUAUUAAACAAACCAGAAAUGUAAAAUGUAAUGAAAGGUACAUGGUUUUUUGCUUGUUUUUUAUGCUUGGUCUUUGCUACUGAUAGCAUUUUUGUAAAAUGUUGAACUUGCUGUAUCCACCUACUGUUACGUUAUAAUAAAGGUGUUAUGAAACAUU